UAUUGUGACUAAAAUAACUCAUUUUACUUUUUGUAGUUAAAAUAGCCAAAAACGCCCUUGCCAAAAGGAGCCGAAGGCUUCAUCCACAACAAGAACCAAGAAAUAAACAGAGAGAAAAAGAAAAGAAGAUAAAUAAAAAAAGAUGAGUUCGGCAAGCAGAUCUAGAGCUUGCGUAGUUGCAGCAAGUGUAGGAGCAGUGGAAGGUCUAAAAGAUCAAGGCUUCUGUAGAUGGAACUACACUCUGAGGCCUCCUCACCAUCACACCAAGACCAAUCUCAGAUCAUUCUCUCAAGCUAACAAGCUAUCUUCUUCUUCAAUGGCUGUGAGGAGGACUGAGAAGGCAAGUCAGUCUGAGGAGUCUCUGAGACAAGUCGUGUAUUUGAGUUGUUGGGGUCCAAACUGAUUCAAACGAGUAAUCCGAGGAUUGCUUUGCUAGAUCACUUCAAGACUCUGAGAAAAGAGAACUCUCCGAAGUGUGACUCAACCAUGAAAGCAACUAAUGACUCUGAUUCUACUUCUCCCUUUCCUUCUGAUUCUUCUAAGCAGGUGAGAACAAAUGUCGGUGCUUAUAAUCAAUUGGCCUAUAACAAAGCUGCUAAGGACAGCAAUGAUAACAGAUAUAAACAAGCUGAGGAGUCACUCCGGACAGUGAUGUACUUGAGCUGUCGGGGUCCUAAUUGAAGUGUUAAUGAAAUUCAAAAAGCAGAUCUAACUUCAAUGUUCUUCGAAGAUAUUUUCUUGUUUGGAAGCAAACUUUCUUGUACAUAAGAGAGUUGCUGUGCGGAUGAAAAAUGUCUAUAGAAGGGAAUGAGAAAAGUUAGGGAUUUUAAAUUUUUUUUUAUG